AUGGAAGAACUCAAGAACCUUUCCCUCACAACCGGCACCAAAAUCAUGGACAUUAUCCUCCCCACCAUGCAAAUCAUGGCACCUUAUCUCAUCCAAAACCGCACCGCCAUCCUCUCCGUCCCCCGCAGCACCCACACAUACGGAACGCACGCCCGCCAAACCCUCGAUCUCUAUUCCUCCGCAAGCUCCUCUCCCUCCCCCAUCCUCAUAUUUUUCUACGGCGGCGGUCUCACCCGCGGUGAUAAGAUCCUCAGCAACUCUUUCCUUGACAAUCUCGUCUACCAUAAUCUAGGAUCUUUCUUCGCCCAAAAAGGAAUCACUACCAUCAUCCCCGAUUAUCGACGUGUAGAUAGCGAUACCGGUGGCGAGGGCGCUGUGUAUCCAAGCGGAGCCGAAGAUAUAUCGGCUGUUCUGCAAUGGCUUUCCAAAACCGAUAUUUUAGACGGAAUAGGAAAUAAGAAAAAUGUAUAUCUAGGAGGUAGCUCAGCAGGAGGACUUCACAUUGCUACAUAUCUCCUAGAACCACGAUUUCUAGCCGAGAGAAAAGCAUGGCAGGGAGAUUCAUCCAGCGUCACGCUCAAAGGAGCCGUGGAAGUAGGAGUACCAUUUCACUUCAACGAGGCGUCGGAGGGACGCAAGGAGAUGCUGCAUCGAUAUUAUGGGAGAGAUGAGGAUGUGAAGACGAAAUGUCCAUGUGGGCUAUUGAGAGCGACGAGGAAGAGCAGAGAGGAAUUGGGGGUUCCGAAACUUUUGGUCAUGAGUUCGGAGUGGGAUCCGGUUGAUGAAAUUCUAAAUUCCAAUGAGGAUUUUGUGAGGUUGGCGGAAGAGGUGUGGGGUGAGAAGAUUGAGGUGGUGAGGUUAGAAGGCCAUAAUCAUAUUAGUCCACCGUUGGCUUUGAAUAGUGGGGAGGGAGAGGAAUGGGGCGAGCGGGUAGUGGGAUGGAUUAAAGGGACUGCUUAG